AUGACAAGCGUGCAUGUAUGCAUUGAAAUAUCUGGUUUAGGUGUUGUGUUUGCUGUUGUUUUUCUCGUGCUCAAAGAAAGCAAACCACUGAUUCGCGAUAUGACGGGUUUUCUUUUUCUCAGAUUCGCUGCGGCAACUCUGCUGAUCACGGAACAACAUGCCGAGUAUGGAUUGGAAGAACUUCCUAGUCGUUUGAAUUAUUGUAUUGAUGAUCUGAAUUUGUACAAACGAAACACGGACACGAGAAUACGAAAACUCUUAAUUGACGACUACCAGAUGCUAAAUCGAACAAUAGCUGCGCAGAUGUCGAAUGCUGGACAUAUGAUGAUUCAAACGGUGAAAAAGCUCACUGGUGCCCAAAGCGUUGACGCUUUGAUGAACAUAAGCGACAGUGCAAUGGAAAUUCAUGACAGCUUGCUUGAGACAAACAAACAAUUCAAGCAACUUCUUGUAGAUUACUCACAUUUCGAAAGCAAUUUCGCGGAGGACGUGGACAUGGCCCUGGAAAUUAUCACAGCAGCAGAUAUUCCGCAACUUUUGGGCGAUACUGUAGCUCGUUUCAAAACGAUGCAAAAUAGAUUGCAAACUGAAGUCGAUAAAAAAGUUCACUCUUCACAAGCAGUUCUGAAGCAGAUUGCUGACAGCUUAUUUGUCAUUGCUGAGAAGGUUUCUACUCAAAUUCGACAAAUUAAUUUUGAUGCGCUUUAUGACAUCGUAUCCUUUGCUUCCGAUCCAAAGGACAACCCGGCUGUUAAAUACGUACUUUACAGAUCAUCGGUGUGA